UAUAUAUAAACAGUAGUUGUUAUUUCUCGUAGAGAAAAUAACGUUCUACUUAUAGUGUCGCGGGACGGACAAGUCGUAAGUUGAGUCUCUUAAACCAGACACUUUCUUUUCAUCUGUAGUAUGUGUGAUUUGUUUUAAAAGUCAACAAGUGUCUUUAGAUUUCAGUUAUUUACUGUGUUCGCCGUUAAAAUUUUACUCUAUUUUUUUUGUCAGUAAUCGGCAUCAAUUUUACUGAUGACGAAUCUAUAUAUUAUUUAUAAUUGCUUUAAUCUUGAAGAAAUUUUAAAUGGCUAAAAUAAAACAGUGAGGUGUUGAUUAUUUUCACAAGAUUAUUUUAGUACAAGUUUUAGUUUUGUUGACUUUAAAGAUAAUUAUUGAUUAUGAUUUUUUUUUAAAUAAUACUCUACGGAUAAUAUAGUUUAAAUUCAUUGGGUUUAUUUUUUUAUUUUUCCAUAAUUUAAAAUAGUGAUAUAAAUUAUUAAUCAUAGUAGCUAUGGAUAGAACGAUGUAUGAAAAAGUACACUAUGGACCAACUUAUCGGCCUUACAGAAUUACAUUAAGGAGAGGCAGAGAUGCCGAGGCUCCGGGAUAUGCUUUAUUAGCUGAUUUACAAAAUACAGUAUCGUCUGAUGGAAACCAUCAUUUAAACAAUAAAACAACACCAGGAUAUGGAUCAUUGAAUGGUAGUAGGACUCAUGCAUCAAAUAUCUACCGAUCUUAUGAUAAUCGAACGUCACCGCUACCUCCUCAAUCGCCAACCUAUCAAAAUCGUGAAAUCAUAGAAGAGACUGUAAAAACUUCAGUACCCUACCAACCGCCAGGAAAAAUGCCAUCUUUGAAUAAUAAUCUUUCAGAAUUAGAUACAUUACUUCAAGAUCUAAGUAAUGCACGUUACAAUUCUCAUUCCAUAGAACGUGAUACAAGAUCAUCUACUGGAGCUUUAAGUAAUGGUGCAAUAAGUCCAAUGAUGAGAUCUCCAAGUAGUUUAUCAGCAUCACGUCCAACUGUAGAUGCUCUAUUAGAAGAGUUGAAUACUGCAGUACCAAAUGGAGAGUAUGGUCAUGAGGGGAGGGUAAAAGUUACAAUUCAAGAAACAUCAACGGAAGUUCAACCAGUUUAUGAAAGUCAUCUAGGGCAGCAAAAUUCGUUAGAACGGUCGAUUGAAUCACAUCGGAGCUACGCGAAUGGUCAUACUGCUAGCAGUGCAACGAAAGAGCUAGAUGAUCUAAUGGCCUCUCUUUCUGAAUUCAAGAUAAAUAGUAGUACUCAUCAACAUCAGACAGUGACAGAUUCACCCUACGCAAAGCCGAACAAGGCAACGAAGAGUGCUUCAAGUCCGUUACCCACGGAAUCUGGUGGAUCAGCACAAACUCGCAUUCACUUUUCUGAAACCCACACAUCACACCAGUACCAGCCCCAGCAAGGCGAGAGUAGUCAUACAGUGACAACAACCCACGUCAAGCAAAACCAGUUAGAUUCUAUGCUUGGUAAUCUCCAAGCAGACAUGAGUCGUCAAGGUAUCAAUACAACCCAGAAAGGAUGCUGUAAUGCUUGCGAGAAGCCUAUUGUCGGCCAGGUUAUCACUGCUUUGGGUAAAACGUGGCAUCCGGAACAUUUUACCUGCACUCACUGUCGUGAGGAGCUUGGAACUCGUAAUUUCUUUGAACGAGAAGGUCAUCCAUACUGUGAGAAUGAUUACCACAAUUUAUUCUCGCCUCGGUGUGCCUACUGCAAUGGGCCUAUUUUGGAUAAAUGUGUGACUGCUUUGGAAAAAACUUGGCACACAGAGCAUUUCUUUUGUGCUCAGUGUGGCAAGCAAUUUGGUGAAGAUGGUUUUCAUGAACGUGAUGGCAAACCUUACUGUCGUGAAGAUUACUUCGAUAUGUUUGCUCCUAAAUGUGGCGGAUGCAAUCGCGCAAUUAUGGAAAAUUAUAUCUCAGCGCUUAAUAGCCAGUGGCAUCCAGAUUGCUUUGUUUGCAGGGAUUGCAAAAAGCCUGUCUCAGGUAAAUCAUUCUAUGCGAUGGAAGGAAAACCAGUAUGUCCCAAAUGCGUUGGAAUUGAUGAUGAUGAAGAAGAAGACGAAGAUGCUUAAUGAAUGAACUUUUCUUCAAUCCUCUCUCGACUUUUAUGUAUUUAUCAUCUGAUUUGCUUUUUAACCCCACAUGCCCUCGGCCUCCAACCAUGUGGAGCCCACCACCCCUCAAAUGUUUCAGAUUAGCAAGAUUAUGAUGAUAAAUAACUGUAAAGUUUAUUGCUUAAAAAAAUAAAUUAUUUACAUAUUGCAUUACACUGAAAACAUACACGAAUCAAAAUUUAUAGAGGUUGUUAAAGAAAAUAUUGCAAUAAGAGAAAAAAAUAAUUUUAGUUCUCUUUUUGCAUUUUUCUCUUAUAUUUUUUCUAUGUAGAUUGUACGUUACCAUAAUAAACUUUGUCACGUAAUAAAUAGAUGAAAAAAUAAAUUAAUUU